AUGGACAGAGUGAUGAAUAUAGUUUUGUUUUCAAAAAGAAGAGUAGAUGGUUUAAAAGAAGAGCAAGGAUUUGAUGGACGAAUUGUGUUGUAUCCCAGCAACCAAAAUUUAAAGGACUACCUCAGCUGGAGGCAAGCAGAUUGCCAUAUUAAUAAUCUUUAUAAUACAGUGUUUUGGAUGCUUGUACAGCGAAGUGGUUUGACACCAGUGCAAGCACAGAAAGGAACUUUGGCUGGAGAUAAGAAUGAAAUCUUAUUUUCUGAAUUCAACAUCAACUACAACAAUGAACCUUUGAUGUAUAGAAAAGGAACUGUCUUAAUAUGGCAGAAGAUUAAUGAAGUCAUGACUAAGAAAAUAAAACUGCCAAAGGAAACGGAAGAAAAGGAAGUUGAAGUGAGCCGGACUAAGACUAAAGUCGUUCCCCUGCACUGUGACAUUAUUGGGGACCAGUUCUGGGAGGAAUAUCCUGAGAUUCUGGCUGCGGAUAGUUGAUAUCUCUGAUAAGUAUAACUGGUAGUUUACGUUUUGCUCUGCUUGGGUUGUUGGCAAGUGAGGAGUAUGAAUGGUGGCUGGCAGAGUUUAACCUGUAACCCUCUUCAAAACUACGUUGGUUUUAGCACUGUUGUUGCCUGAAAAAAGGACACUGGUAUGUUGUCUGACAUACAAGGGUAUGCCCAUAUGGAAAACCUAAAUUCGUAUUGUAUUUUGAAUGUUAAGAACUCAUCAUAAAUUAAGACUGCUCCUUGUACAUGCAUAUAUGUAGAAAAAGUGUAUAGAAAUUUCAUGCAUUUCUAUAGCAUUUAAACCAUGAGGUAUUUUACUGAACUGCUGAACUAUAAAAAAACCUUGCAUAUUUGAACUGACAAAAGCAGAAGAGAAAAUGAUUCUUUUGAUUUUCGUUUCAGCUGAGACGGUCCAGAAUACUUCAACUGGCACUUAGUAUUAAAUUUCAAGGCUAGUGUGUUUAGUCAGAUUAGUGACAAACUGUUCAAAUGCCUCAUGUGUCUGAUUCUUACAGAAAGGAAAUGGAGUAGCUCAGCAGUUUCCUGUGACUGAUUUUAAAAGCUUUUGUCAAAUGUACAGGAUUUUUAUACUUUUUAAAAA